AUGCCCGUUGGUUCCGUGCCGUGUGCGCAUGCGUGCGGAUUAGAACGCGGCGCCGUUGUCAUGGAACUGUUGGAGGCAAGGGGUCGGGCUCGGACUGCGAGGCGUUAUACGGUGCCCGGCCCCAACCCUGGCCCCGCACUUCCUUGGGACCGCUUUUCUGCCUGGCUCGAGUGUAUUUGUGUGGUGACAUUCGACUUGGAGUUGGGACAAGCUAUCGAGCUGGUUUAUCCCCAUGAUGUUCGACUUACAGAAAAGGAGAAAACCAGCAUCUGCUACCUAUCCUUUCCAGAUUCCUACUCUGGUUGCCUUGGUGAUACACAAUUCAGUUUUCGAAUUCGACAAACAGUGGGGAAUAAAUUAUCCAUGAAUGGAGAUGAAGAGAAAUAUAAUCGCGAUGCACCAGUUGUUCUUCAGCGGGAUCGAGCACAUUAUUAUGGAUUUGUGUACUUCCGGCAAGUCAAAGAUUGUACAGUUAAACGAGGAUAUUUUCAAAAGUCACUGGUGCUGAUUUCUCGACUUCCUUUUGUGAACCUCUUCCAUUCUCUACUGCAACUAGUUGCACCUGAGUAUUUUGAGAAGCUGGAGCCUUGUCUAGAGGCAGUUUGUAAUGAGGUAGACCAAUGGCCAGCUCCAGUCCCUGGAAAAACACUCAGCCUGCCUGUCAUGGGAGUGGUUAUUCAGGUGCGGAUUCCAUCUAAAAAGGACAAACUCGGAACGAGCCCUCUCAAACAAUCCAACCAGGAGAAUCUAUUGCCAGCACCAUUGGUCAUUCCCACAGUACAUGAGUUGGAUCUGUUUGGGUGUUUCCAAUCAAUUUUGAUACAUAUCCAAAUGCUUUGGGAACUGAUGUUGCUUGGAGAACCAGUGAUUGUCAUGGCAGCAUCACCCAAAAUUUCUUCAGAUCUUGUGCUGGCACUGACCAGCUGUAUUGAGCCCCUGAGAUACUGCUGUGACUAUCGACCUUACUUCACCAUCCAUGACACUGAAUUUAAAGAGUACACAACACGAACACAGGCGCCGCCAAAUGUUAUCUUGGGUGUGACAAAUCCUUUCUUCAUCAAAACAUUCCAACACUGGCCACAUGUUAUUCGUAUUGGAGAUGUGAAAAUGUCAGGUGAUUUACCCAAGCAAAUUAAAGCGAAGAAACUGAUGAAGCUUAGAACACUAGACACAAAACCAGGUAUCUACACGUCUUACAAAACAUUUCUGCACAAAGACAAAGCAUUUAUUAAAAGGCUUUUAAAGGGUAUUCAAAGGAAACGUCCACCAGAAGUGCAGAGUGUCAUUGUUCGUCGCCACUUACUGGAACUAACUCAAAGUUUCAUUAUUCCCCUGGAGAGAUAUGUUGCUAGUCUGAUGCCACUUCAGAGAACCAUCACUGCAUGGAAGAACCCACCACAGAUCCACCCAUUUAUCAAAGAAGACUUCAUGAAGACACUGGAAUAUGCUGGACCGCAACUGACCUCUGUGCAAAAAGGAGAUUGGGAAGGAUUAUACAGGCGCUUUUUUAAAUCUCCUAACUUUGAUGGCUGGUUUCGUAUGAGAUACCAGGAGAUGUGUAAGAAGCUGGAGAUUCUUCACCUUGAGGUGUUGUGUGAGGCAGAUCUACUGUUGUGGGUACGAGAAAAAUCUGAAGUGGAAGUUGUGGACCUGGUUUUGAAAUUGCGUGAGAAAUUGAUAAAAGCAAGGGUUCAUCAGCUUUCAGUCAGGGCAGACUUGCUGGAGAAACUGGAAUUGUACCUGGAAACAGUAAUUAACUCCCUGCCUGAUGAUCUACAAGUUAUGCUGCACCAACAUUGAUUGGAACAGCAAGCGCUUUGCAGGCAGUUCAGCCCGUCCGAAGAAAUCAACAGAAAGAAGUUGCAUUGGACAUUGCGUUUUCUGCUGUCAAAUUUUGAAAUAUCCAUGUACAAAGACCAUUGGAUGCGAUGGUUAGGUUGAAAUGGAGUGAAAGCUUCCAUUCAAUAACCAGAGUUAUUUGCAAAUGAUGAACUAAAAUGUUAAUAAUGUAGCCUAACUUGUACACAUAUAUAGUACUACUC